AUGGUGGCUGCGAACAAGAUCGUCGUGUGCGACAAUGGGACUGGUUUUGUCAAGUGCGGGUUUGCCGCGGAGAACUUUCCUCGGCACGUGUUUCCGUCCUUGGUAGGGCGGCCGAUCUUGCGCGCAGAGGAAGCAAUCAACAGCGAUGUAAUUCUGAAAGACGUCAUGUGUGGGGACGAAGCGGCAUACGUGCGAAGCAACCUGCAGAUCAGCUAUCCUGUCGAGAAUGGCAUUGUGAAGAAUUGGGAAGAUAUGGAGAAGUUGUGGGACUACACGUUCCACGAGCGACUGCAAGUGAACCCCAAGGAAAUGCGCAUCUUGCUCACGGAACCCCCGCUCAACCCCAAGGCCAAUCGUGAAAAGUUGGUCGAAAUCAUGUUUGAAAAGUACGGCUUCGACGGCACGCACAUCUCGAUCCAGGCGAUGCUGACGCUGUAUGCGCAAGGCAUGCGCACGGGUGUCGUGAUCGACAGCGGUGACGGCGUAUCGCACGUCGUGCCUGUGUACGAAGGGUUCGUGCCCCAGCAUCUCAUUCGACGCCUGGACGUCGCGGGGCGGCACAUCACGCAAUACCUAAUCAAGCUGCUCUUGUUGCGUGGAUAUGCUUUCAACCGGACGGCCGAUUUCGAGACCGUUCGACAGAUCAAGGAACGCCACUGCUACACGGCGUUGGAUCCGGUGGUGGAGCGUCGGUUGGCUCUGGAAACGACAGUGUUGGAGGAAACGUACGAGCUGCCCGAUGGCCGUGUGAUCAAACUCGGCCGCGAACGCUUCGAGGCUGCGGAAGCCCUCUUCCAGCCGCACUUGAUCGGCGUCGAAGGGCUCGGACUCAGCGACAUGCUGUUUGAGAUGUGCCAGAAGGCCGACAUCGACCUUCGCACGGAAUUUUACAAAAACAUUGUGUUGAGCGGCGGGUCGUCCAUGUACCCCGGUCUCCCGAGCCGUUUGGAGAAAGACAUCAAGGACAGGUACUGCGCCGACGUGCUCAAGGGGGACAAAACUCGCUUGAGCAAGUUUCGUCUGCGCAUAAACGACCCACCUCGCCGCAAGCACUUGGUUUUCCUCGGCGGGUCGGUGCUGGCCGACCUCAUGAAGAACGAAGAUUCGUUUUGGAUUUCCAAGAAAGAGUACGACGAGCAAGGCGCGCGGUGCAUCGACAAAUUGUCCAAGUGA